AUGUCUUUAUAUUGGUCGGCAAACAGUAAUUUUUGGAAACGCCUGGCUAUUCUUCGCACAAACAGCUCAACGUGUAAACACCUGGGUAUAAGCUUUAUAAGUUUGAGACGACGGAUAUCAAGUUUAGAUACGGCCCAAGAAAUUGAGAAGGCCAAGAGGUGGUUGAAAAAGUUCACUAGAGAUAGUAUUCCCAGAGAUUCAUUGAAUAUCUCUUUUGCUAGAAGUAGUGGACCCGGUGGACAGAAUGUGAACAAGGUCAACACCAAAGUGGACUUGCGAUUUAAUCUCGAUCAAGCAUUUUGGAUACCCGAAUAUGCACGGAAGAAAUUGGCGAUUCUGCUGGACAAAGAAAGAACGAGCUAUGGCAUGAAGGAAAGCGUCAUUGCCAAGAUAUACAUAGGAGUUUUGGGACUAUCAAAGAAUUCGGUUAAUGCAGAACGGUUGAUCCAUUGGAAGCUGCCCGGUAGCGAGAAGAAUAAAACGGCGGGUGAUUUCGCAUCGAUAGCAUUUGAGGUGAUAGCUCCACGAUCCACCGUUGUCGGACAUGGAAAGAUGCCAAUUGACGAUGUGAACAAUCAGCUGGACAUCUUAAAUGCUGCUAGUGGCCAUCAAGAGUAUAGAAAUGUCAUUCGUCAUUUCUUUGCAAAUUACACCGCCGUGGAGCAAAAAUGGGUUAUUCGAAUCAUUUUGAAAGCACUUCAUGUAGGAUUAAGUGAAAAAUCAAUAUUCCAAGUGUUUCACCCGGAUGCAUCGAACUUAUUCAACGUCUGCAGCGAUUUGAGAAAAGUGGCACACGAUCUGCAGGAUUCUCACACGAAAUUGGCCUCAUCAGUUGAGGGAUUUUCAUGCGCUUUCGUGAAUUCAAGAGAUUCCUCCUUUUAUAACGCGUUUAACCAUUUCCAUUGUGAUGUAGGAAAUUACGCUUUUUCAUCCAUUCAAACCCAUGCUCUCGAAACCGGUGGCGAUUCAAAACAUUGUCAAACUGAUGAAAGGCAGUUUUUGGAUAGAGGAAAAAUUGGACGGCGAAAGAAUGCAGUUGCAUAUGAAAAAUGGACGAUUUGA